AGGAAGAAGCUGUCAGUUGGACUCUUCCAUAGGACUCUUCCCUCGAUGGCGUGUUUGUAUCAACCUGUCGGCCUCUGUGUACACGUGUAGUCGAACCUGCUGCUCUGUCUCUGUCUGUGUCGUUUUGUUUUAACCAUGUCUGUAGUCAGAACGAUUUUAAAACUCUUCCUGUUCGCCAUAGUCACCGUCUUGGCCGUGCUGCUGCUGCGGUACUGGAUGGCCACCAAGCAGUACGUUUUCAACAAAGAAGACGUCGCCAAAUUGGCCAAACAGUACGCAGGACAGGACCAUGAACAGGCCUUCUCCAAAGUGGUGGUGGAGCUCAGAAAGAAGUAUCCUGGCCACAUCCUGCCAGACGAGGACCUGCAGUGGGUGUUUGUGAACGCCGGAGGUUGGAUGGGCUCCAUGUGUCUCCUCCACGCCUCGCUCACAGAGUACGUGCUGCUGUUUGGUACUGCAGUGGACACAGGAGGACACUCGGGUCGUUACUGGGCUGAGAUUUCUGACACCAUCAUAUCCGGCACCUUCAGACAGUGGAAGGAGGGGACAACCAAGAGUGAAAUGUACUACCCUGGUGACACCAUCGUACACAGUGUAGGCGAGGCCACUUCAGUCCAGUGGAGCACCGGGACGUGGAUGGUGGAGUAUGGCCGAGGUUUCAUCCCCUCCACGCUGGGAUUUGCUAUGGCAGACACCCUGUUCAGCACCCAGGACUUCCUCACAAUGUUCUACACCGCCCGUGUCUAUGUCAAGGGUCUGCUGCUUGAGGCUGGUACACUACUUACAGAGGCCGGAGUUUUCUGAGGCACUGUCGAAGCUUGGACACCCGCACAGGGACGGUAACAUCAAAGGUUCGCCUUGUCAUUACACCACUUUACCCCUCACCACGAACAUCUAGCAUGAGGAAAAAUCUGUUGCUUGAUUAUUCAAGUAUAAAUAUGUUUACCGGGAAUUGAAGACAAUCUAAAUUUGCAUCAGUACAGUACUACAUUCAAGUUCUUGCCCCCUCGUUAAGGCUAUCCAAAAUAAAGUGGUUGAGUCCCUUUCCCCUGUGACAUUUAACUUGCAUCAACGAUGACAACAGUGCAACAUUUACCACUGCCUUGCAUAAAGGCUGUUCCACUCAACGAGUCCCACAGUGAUACUCAGCAUCUUACUUUACACAAUAAGCAUUACUGAGAGCUCAAACUGCCUACAUAGUCAGUGAGGUUGUCAUUUUUUUUUUUUUUUUUUUUCUGGCUUAAA